AUCAAGAAGAAACAACCUAAGACGAUGAUUGAACAGAUAAAACAUAAUGCAAAAGACCGUAAACUAGGAACUUAUUGUUACAGUCUCCAAUAUAGGAACUAGUAACUAGGAACUUACUUUCCCGCCAAACCAACGAACCAAUCGCCAUGGUCGUCACCACCCAACGAAGGAGCUGCUGCACCUUCUCUCUCUCUCUUCUCCUUCUAUUCAUCGCCGUCUUCCAAACCCUAAACCCAAAUCCCUCGCCGCCACCUCACCACCAUGGCAACUACAUCGUGGGGUUCUCGGAGUACAAGAGCGCCGAGCACCACCGCGCCUAUCUGGAAUCCAGCCUCGGAUCAAAAGGGUGGUGGUGGAUUGACCGGCGGAACCCGGCGGCGAAGUACCCCACCGAUUUUGGAUUGGUUUCCGUUGAGGAUUUGGGGUUGAUUGAGGUGAUUCGGAAACUGGGUUUGGUGAAGUACGUGAGUUUGGAUAUGAGUUAUAAGAGGGGUUUGAUGAAGCAUCAUGAGAGGGAUAAGAAAGUUGGUGCCUUUGUGGAUGGGAAGAAGCGCCCCGGGAAAAUCUUCACGACGAUGUCGUUUUGUGAGGCAGAAGAAGGAGAAGAAGAAGAAGAAGAUAUUCGCAACAAUUCAAUCAAGUUGGGGCGACAACUGAUGAUGCAGAGAUCGCAAGUUACUUCCAUGUUUGGAGCGGAAGAUCUUUGGAGGAAAGGGUACACUGGUGCGAAGGUCAAGAUGGCCAUAUUUGAUACUGGCAUUCGAGCUGAUCAUCCUCAUUUCCGUAAUAUCAAGGAGCGUACAAAUUGGACCAAUGAGGAUAGAUUGAAUGACAAUCUUGGACAUGGGACUUUUGUUGCUGGUGUUAUUGCUGGUGUAGAUGCGGAGUGCCUUGGUUUUGCACCAGAUACAGAGAUUUAUGCAUUUCGUGUUUUCACUGAUGCACAGGUGUCAUAUACAUCAUGGUUCCUUGAUGCCUUCAACUAUGCAAUCGCAACCAAUAUGGAUGUGCUAAAUUUGAGCAUAGGUGGACCUGAUUAUAUGGAUCUCCCAUUUGUUGAAAAGAUAUGGGAGAUAACAGCAAAUAACAUAAUCAUGGUUUCUGCAAUUGGAAAUGAUGGACCACUUUAUGGAACUUUGAAUAAUCCCGCAGAUCAAAGUGAUGUCAUUGGAGUUGGUGGCAUUGACUAUAGUGACCAUAUAGCCUCCUUUUCCUCACGUGGUAUGAGUACCUGGGAGCUUCCUCAUGGUUAUGGCCGUGUGAAGCCAGACAUAGUUGCAUAUGGACGGGACAUUAUGGGUUCAAAGAUUAGUGCAGGUUGUAAAAGUUUAUCAGGAACCAGUGUUGCAAGUCCUGUAGUUGCUGGUGUUGUAUGUUUGCUUGUUAGUGUCAUUCCUGAACUUGAUCGAAAAAAUAUCGUAAACCCAGCAAGCAUGAAACAAGCAUUGGUCGAGGGUGCUGUAGAGCUUGAUGGGCCUAACAUGUAUGAGCAGGGUGCUGGCAGGGCUGAUCUGUUAGAAUCAUACAAGAUUCUUAAGAGCUACAAACCUAGGGCAAGCAUCUUUCCCAGUGUUCUUGAUUAUACAGAUUGUCCUUACACAUGGCCUUUUUGUCGUCAGCCACUCUAUGCAGGUGCCAUGCCUGUCAUCUUCAAUGCCACCAUUUUGAAUGGAAUGGGUGUUAUCGGCUACAUUGAAAGUCCCCCAACAUGGCAUCCUUCUAAAGAAGAAGGGAAUCUUCUAAGCAUUCAUUUUACAUAUUCUGAGAUCAUCUGGCCUUGGACUGGUUAUUUAGCCCUUCACAUGCAAAUCAAGGAAGAAGGUGCACAGUUUUCUGGGAAUAUUGAAGGUAAUGUGACUCUCAGGAUUUCCAGUCCUCCAGCUCAAGGAGAGAAGGACCCUCGAGUUAGCAUCUGUGUGCUUCAAAUAAAGUUAAAAGUGGUACCAACACCGCCACGAGCAAAACGAGUAUUGUGGGAUCAGUUUCACAGUAUCAAAUACCCUCCAGGUUAUAUUCCCAGAGAUUCCUUGGAUGUUCGUAAUGACAUUCUUGACUGGCAUGGGGAUCAUCUGCAUACAAAUUUUCACAUCAUGUUCAACAUGUUACGAGAUGCUGGUUACUAUGUUGAAGCUCUCGGUUCACCUCUUACAUGCUUUGAUGCUCGACAGUAUGGAACACUUCUGUUGGUGGAUCUUGAGGAAGAGUACUUUGCUGAGGAAAUUGAAAAGCUGAGAGACGAUGUUAUAAAUACUGGAUUGGGAUUAGCUAUCUUCGCUGAGUGGUAUAAUGUAGAUUCAAUGGUAAAGAUGAGAUUCUUUGAUGACAAUACUCGGAGCUGGUGGACCCCAGUCACUGGAGGUGCUAAUAUUCCUGCACUUAAUGAUCUUUUGGCUCCAUUUGGGAUUGCUUUUGGAGAUAAGAUUCUGAAUGGUGAUUUUUCACUUUCCGGUGAGCAGAAUCGAUAUGCUUCUGGAACAGAUAUAGUGAGGUUUCCAAGGGGUGGUUAUGUACAUAGCUUUCCUUUCUUGGAUAGUUCAGAAAGUGGAGCCACUCAGAAUAAGCUACUGACUUCUGGCAAAACCAAGGCAGAUUCUCCAAUUCUUGGUCUUACAGUGAUGGGUGAAGGUCGCAUAGCUGUGUAUGGGGACUCCAAUUGUUUGGACAGCAGCCACAUGGUUACUAAUUGUUUUAGUCUUCUUAGGAAAAUACUAGAUUUUACUAGUGAAGAUGUUAGAGAUCCAGUGCUUUUCUCUGAUUCAACUAAACAAAAUAAUCCCUUGUAUGAAGAUGAUAAUCGGUUGCCAUCCCGCAGAACUGAUGUGAAUUUCUCUGCAUAUUCAGCUGUUAUAGGGAAAGAAUUGAUCUGCAGGACUGACACAAGGUUUGAAAUAUGGGGAACUAUGGGCUUCAAUUUACACGUCAGAGGAAGAAACAGAAGAUUGCCCGGUUAUCCUGUCAUUGAUUUGGGGAGUGGUUUCAAUUCAACCUUUGAUGCUUCUUACAUUAGGCAUCCCAAGUUAACUGUGAGAAAUAAGGAUGUCUCUCUAGGGAACAGAUAUUUAGGCCUGUUCUAUGGGGAUGAGCUUGAUGCACCUAUAUUAGUUGGUAGUCACUGGCUUGUUCCUGUUGUUGUUGCAGCAACUGGUAUUUUGCUAUUGAGUUUUUGGCGAAUUCGCCAAAAGAGACGUCGACGAAGGAAAGGAUCAAGUUUGUUGGCCAAUUUAUAGUCCUAGCAUUUACACAAAUGUAAUUGUAAAACUAGCCUCCAAAGAUAUUCCCCUGUAGUAUUAGCAUAGUAACAAAUUCAUGAGUUUUUUUCCAUCAGCAUCACUGUAGGAAUAUAGCCAAAUAAGUUGCUUUUUUCCUCCCUACAAAGUUGUAAAAGUUCUGCUGUUUCGGAUACUUUGAAGUGCACAAAUUUUCUGAGAAAGGAAGUCUUAUG